UCCUGUUAUUUUUCUAAACAGGUGCAUUCCAAAGGAUAAUAUGUAUCCCCAGAACAAACCAAUACAUUGUCAAAACUCAGAGCGUGCAAGUUUCCAUUUUGUAAUUAAAUGCUGCAAAGAUUAUGACUUCUGUAAUCGUUUCCUCUCCCCAACAUUAGCUCCCCCUGCAGGUGAAGUAAAACCUGAGAAAGCACAAAGCAGGCAUUUGGGCACAUUAGAGAUUGCUCUGGUCAUAGCUUGUCCAAUAUGUUUGGUCUGUAUCGUGGUGCUAAUUAUCAUCUGGACAUGGCAACAGCGACAGCGGCUUCAUCUGUACCGACAACAACUGGAGUUGAACAUGGAAGCUCAGGAACCCAUGUUAGGAGCUGCCAUUAAGGACUUGAUUGAAAUGACAACCUCAGGGUCAGGAUCAGGGCUUCCUUUGCUUGUUCAACGAAGUAUUGCUCGCCAGAUUCAACUUCUGGAGGUGGUGGGGAAAGGACGGUAUGGAGAAGUUUGGAGAGGAAGAUGGAGAGGUGAACCUGUAGCUGUUAAAAUAUUUUCCUCACGUGAUGAGAAGUCAUGGUUUAGAGAAGUAGAGAUUUACCAGACUGUGAUGCUUCGUCAUGAGAACAUCCUUGGUUUUAUUGCCGCCGACAAUAAAGACAAUGGGACCUGGACUCAACUAUGGCUAAUUACUGACUACCAUGAGAAUGGGUCUUUGUUUGACUAUCUAAACAAAACAACUGUUGAUAUUGCUACAAUGUGCAAAAUGGCUUAUUCUAUAACUAAUGGACUAGCACAUCUUCAUAUGGAAAUAUUUGGAACACAAGGUAAGCCAGCUAUUGCUCACCGAGAUUUAAAAAGCAAGAACAUCCUUGUUAAGAAUAAUGGGACAUGCUCUAUUGCUGACCUGGGACUUGCUGUACGAUUUGACUCAUCUACCAAUUCAGUUGACAUCCCACCUAACUCUCGAGUAGGUACCAAGCGCUACCUAGCCCCAGAAGUGCUCGAUGAAACCAUCAACCUGAACCACUUCGAUUCAUUCAAACGGGCUGACAUUUAUGCCUUUGGAUUAGUACUAUGGGAACUUGCUAGGCGUUGCAAUGUUGUUGGUGGAAUGUAUGAAGAUUAUCAACUUCCCUACUAUGACAUGGUGCCAUCUGACCCUACCAUAGAAGAGAUGAGAAAGGUGGUGGCUACUGAUAAGCAGAGACCAGCCAUUCCAAACAGAUGGCAAUCUUGUGAGGCCUUGCGGGUUGUGUCCAGGAUUAUGAAAGAAUGUUGGUAUCAGAAUCCUGCUGCACGGCUGACAGCUUUACGUAUCAAAAAGACCAUAGCCAACUUAGGAGCUCAGGAAGACCUGAAGAGCAUGUGUGCCUGAAUACACAUUUUGUAAAGUGUUAACAUCAAUUUGGUUAAGAUAGAUUUAUUUUUGGGAAAGUUUUGACUGUUGCAUAUCAUUAUCAGUUUUUGUGUGUCCUUUUGGAUGAGAUUUAGUAUGUGUGAAAUACUUUAUACUUUUAGAAUUGUUGUCAUAUUUGUAUGACUGAGAAAGAUGACAUUUCAGUGAAACAAAAUUUGAGAAAUUAGUAUAUAAGUGUUAUGAGGGAAAUUGGACAAAACUGUUAAACUCAAAUUUAAGGCACUCUUAUGUGGAUGUUAUGAAUGAAGUUGGAGUUAAACAUGUAGGUUCAGUUUUAAGAAGUAAUUGUAUAGAUGUUUUGAAGAAAAAGUGAACCUACAUAAGUGCAAAUUUGAGAAAUCAUUGUGUAGAUUUGUGAAAAUAAAAAAGUGGAGGUACUUGGACAACCUCUGCACAUAUUGGUAUGUAGUAGACAUCUAAUAUUUUUAUUCAAAUCUAUCUGUGAUUAAGCCACAGGUCUGAUCGCAACAAGUAAUAUUGUCAGCCAAAUUUCAAAUGUAAUGAUUACCAUAAAACUUGUUCAUGAAUCAUACCAUUUUACAAAAUCCUCCAGUUGUGUAGCAGAAAAUACCAUCAGAGUAACUCCCGACUCAGAACUCCCAACUCAGCAUAUUUUAUUUUAACAACAUCUUCAACAUAUUACCUCAGUUGAUUUGAUAAUGUUACACAUCAUCUUUUCAUCAUAGCAAAGAGCCUUCAGCUAAUCUCUUGUGCUUCAUGGUCUAUCAUUACAAAGAAAAAUUAAAACUAUAUCACCAUAUAUAAGUUGCAUAGAAUUUUAUGUUGUUUGUUUAAUCAAAACCUUCAAAAACAUAUUGAUGAAUAAUGGAGGAUUAAUUAAUUAGUCAUACAGAUCUAUAGAUGAAAUUUUAUGUUGAGAAAGGUUGGUUCAGUCUGUAUUUUUUGAAAAACAUUUUGGAUAAAUUUAUCUCGUUAAGGCUAUGUUAGAAAGAGAUUUGAAUGAGGGUGUAUGUUGGGAAAAGGUUGUAUGUGAGAAAAUGUUGUUUAAAUAUUGUGUUGGAAGAAAUUCAGUUAAUAUUGCAGGAGUUUGGUUAAAUAGUAUGGUAGGAAGAAAUUAAGUUGAUGCUGUAUUUUGAGAAUGUUUUUAAAAUGUUUUAUGUAGAUUUUCAGUUGAGGAUUGUAUAUAUGUUGGAAAAAACUUUCACUUAUGUUUAAUGUUUGGAAAUUGUAUUUAAAAAACAGAUUUGGUUAAAGCUUUACGUUGGGAAUAAGUGUCAUUGAGACUGAAGGAGAUAAAAAAUUUUGGUUGAGUCUGCAUCUUGGAAGAGGUUUGGUUAUGAUUGUACAUAGUGGUAGAGGUUUGGCUAAGAUUGUAUAUAGCAAUAAAAGUUUGAUUAAGAUUGUAAGUAGUGGUAAAAGUUUGGUUGAAAUUGUACACAGAAGAAGAUUAAGAUUGUACAUGGGCAUCCCCCUGGAAAAUGUGAAACAUAAUUCUCUCUCUAUUUCUUUAUUCAUUCAUUGUAUGUAUAUGAUUUUUUUUAUUCAAUUCACAAUCUCACACUACUUUGCCCCUCUCUGGAUUACUUUCUGUAGACGCCCUUGCAUAGCAGUAGGGGUUUGGGUCAGAUUUAGUUUUUGAGGGAUGUUUAACCUGUUUUACAGGAUAAAUAUGGUUGGAAAUAGUUUGAUAUACUUGAUUGAUUAGUUUAAGUUACAGUAUUUUGUAAUUAAAUUAAUUAAGAAGUGGAUAAAUGAUGUUUUAGACUAGAAUAAAGUAGAAAAAGAAAGUAAUAUAUGGUGAAAUUGAGAUAGAUAUAUAGAUACCUUGGAAUAAAAUAAAAUGUUUUUUCCAUGGUUUAUUCAUAUCAAUAUAGAAGUACGGUGUUUUUUUUACAUACAUGAGGUUAAGGUAGAGAAUGUGUUUUCAUCCUUCUUCAAUUAAAAAUAAAACUGGCACCUUAAUAACCUGUGGAGUAAUAAGGUAUUGGAGAAAAGAAAACUGAAUUUUAUAAUUUGUGUAAGAUUAAUGUAGAUAGUGUAUUGAUAUCCAUCAAAGUAAAGUGAUAUUGUUUUUUUCAAGCUUUGUAGGAUUGAGUCAGAUGUGACAAUAUGAUUUCCUUAGGAGUGGAGUGGUCAUGGUAAUAUGAAUUAUAUGGGGUGAAGUAGUCAUGAUAUGAUUUGAUUUUGAGGGAAAUGGUCAUAAUACUGUGAUUUACAUGGGAGUAAAAUAGUCUUGAUGUCUGUUUCAGAUAAAAUAAUCUUGACAUAAUUUAUUUGAAAAUGAAGUAGUUAAGACAGUAUUGAUUUGUGAGUGAAAUAGUCAUAAUAUUAUUAUCUCAGAGAUAGAGUGUUAUGUAUUGAUUUAUUUGGGAAGUAGUCAAAGCAUUGUUAUUUACAAAUUCAUUAGGACAAAGUAAUUAUGAUAUUAUGACUUAUUUUGGAACACUUAUUUGGGGUGAGAUUGUCAUGGUAUGAUUUAUUUGGGAAUGAAAUAGUCAUGAUAUCAUGACUCUAAAAAUGAAUUAGUAUAAAUUCUACUUGAAACAAAAGUUGACAACAUAUACAAGGUUGUUGUUUUUCUGUUGUAGAUAGAAAAUGAAAUAACAUCAUAUUUAAUUAUGUGAAAUAGAAUGUUAAGUUUCCUGUCGAAAGAGACAAAAACACAUAAGUUGGUUCAUAAAGAAACUAAGCUUCAGGUUUGUACUCUAUGUAAACAGAUGAGUAUCCAAACUAAAUCUGUUUAGCUUAAAUUGACAUUUGUCUGCAAAGAUAUUAAAGCAAUAGAAUAUUCUUUGACUUUUAAAAUAUUUUUAUUGUCUGAAAAGCCUGAUGUCAUUUCUGUGUGAAUAUAUAAAAAGAAAAAAAGUUCAAGGUUAUGUUUAACAUGUGUUCACAUAUAAAAUACUUUGUGUUCAACUGAGUAGCCUCUAAGGCUCUUAGUGAUUGCUGAAGAUGUUGCACAUAGCUUUUAUUUGUUUGGGACGGAUUGGUUAAAUUGCCUUCUUGCUAAGUUUAUAAAAAUCCUCUUAAACAAAUGUACUUUACUAGUGAUGACUUUUUUUUUCUGAAACAUUUAUUUAAUCCACCUUUUUAAAUUGCUAGAAACAACUGAUAGACAAACAUCUGUCAAUGUGUUCAAAGUGAAUACAUCAGUUUUCUUUUAUUUAUUUCAUAAACUGUAUAGCAAUAGUUCCACUCAAAAAAUCAAACAUUGUUUCAAUUUUGUUAAGUCAUUUUAUAUGAAUCUUUAUCUUCUUUUGAAUGAACUCGUGUAGGAUAUGAACAGCAGUUAAAGUGGUUAAAAACCUAACUACCAUUUAAUACGUUGAGUAGAUAUUAUUAUUAGAUCCAGUGUUUAAGUUCUAAGUUUCCCUUUUAUUUUCUUUGACACUUUUUUGUAUUUUUGGUCUUUUUAAUUUUUUUUUUUUAUGAAGGUUGUGGUUUCAUUUCGAUGGCUGUUUCUUAUAUAUCCAAAAAAUGAUUCCACUUUGAAAAAUUCUUAAUUUAGUUGAAUGUAUUGAUGUUUUAGAAGUUGAAAGUUUUUUUGAUAAACAGUACUGAAACAAGAAAGUGUAAGUUAUUGAUAACUACAGUCUUUGGCUAUGGAAAUCAUGGAUAUUCCUACCAAUUUUUUUGUCAGUUGUGAGGAACUUAGUUACUUGGUGUUUUAACUCUGCCCUGUAAAGUAGUUGGUGGUGCUUGUAAAUUUUGAUUAUUUUUUAGAACUAAAUUCAAGUGAUCAUAUUACUUUGCUGAUACCAUACUUCUCUGUUGUAAGAAUAUUUAAGCUAGGAACUGAAGUCAUUAUUGUAAGGUGUAUGAAGUGAGAAUUACUUAAGUAUAUAAGAGGAUACUGCUCAAAACAGUAAAACCAUUUAAUAAACAUGUAAUGGAAGAGAAAUUAAAAUUAUAUAAGGUAAGGUUUUUUUUUAUAUAGUUAGCUCAUCACUUGAUGUAACUAACAAAGUACCUUUCAUCAAUGGUAUUUUACAGCAGUUUUUUCCACUACUCUGUUUAGAUAGAGGAUAGCGAUAUAUUUAUAUUUGUUAUCGAUGUUCAGUUACAAGAGUUUCAUCCACUGCUUUGUUUUUCUAGUAAUUCACAAGAGUUUUAUCUUGUUUCAUUUAAAUAUAGGCUAGAAGUGUACAUCUUGUCAGUAUUCAUUCACAGGAUUUUCAUCUUCUGCUCUUUUUAUCAAAAGCUUAACAGUAUAUGUCCUGUGAGUAGCCAUUAACAGGAUUUUCAUCAUCUACUCUGUGUAUCUGGAGGUUAACAGAACACACCUUGUUAGUAGUCAUUCAGAAUAUUUUCAUUGUUUACUCUGUUUGUCAGGAGACUAGCAGUAUAUGUCUUGUCAAUAAUCAUUUACAGGAUUUUGAUCUUCUACUCUGUUUAAUGAAAGAUUAACAGUAUACAUCUUGUCAAUAGUCACACAGGAUUUUCAACUUUACUCUGUUCAUUAAAAGGUGAGCAGUAUACAUCUUGUCAAUAAUCAUUCACAGGAUUUUCAGCUUUACUCUGUUCAUUAAAAGGUUAGCAGUAUACAUCUUAUCAAUAAUCAUUCACAGGAUUUUCAGCUUUACUCUGUUCAUUAAAAGGUUAGCAGUAUACAUCUUGUCAAUAAUCAUUCACAGGAUUUUCAUCAUCUACUCUAUUUAUCUGAAGGUUAGCAGUAUAUGUAUCGUCAAUAGUUAUUCACAGAACUUUCAAUUUUACUCACUUUAUUAAAAAUUUAGCAGUAUACAUCUUUUAAAUAUUCAUUCACACGAUUUUUAUCGUCUACUCUGUUUAUCUAGAGGUUAGAAGCAGGAUAUGUCUUGUUAAUAUUCAUUCACAGGAUUUUCAUCAUCCACUCUGUUUAUCUAGAGAUUAAAAGUAGUAGAUAUAUAUAUCCUGUGAAUAUUUAUUGGCAAGCUUUUCGUCUUCUCUUCUGUUUACUUAAAGAGUAACAGUAUGUUUCUUUUCAAUGUUUUUUUUCUCUUGAAUUUUAUCCAUUCAGACUAAUUUUUGUUCCUGGGAUGCUCAUCCAUCAUUUUUUAUAACUAGAGGCUACUAUGUAUCUCUAAAUUUGUUAUCAUUGUUUGUUUGAAGAAAAUUCAUCCUCUAUUUUGCUUAUCAAAAAAGGUAGCAGUGGAUUUUUCACAUGUGAUCAUUCAUGGAGUUUUCAUCCACUACUGUGUUUAUCUGCAUCAAAGCUGUGGAUAUAUGAUCAGUGUUUAUCCACAACAUUUCUGUUAAUACUUUCUGUUUACUUUGAGAUUAGGAGUAAAUUCUACUUUUUUUUUUUAAGCAAGUAUUAUUGUCUACCAUUUUGUUUACCUAGUGGAUAGAAGUAAAUAACUGAUUAAAACAUGUUCAAAGAAAUUGCAUCCAAAUUUUUUAUUUUCUUUUGAUAAAAAAAAGUGGUGAAGUUCCUCUGAUUGGACAAGUUCAUGAAAAACUUGUCUUUUAUACUGUGUACAAUUUGUUCCUGUGUUUAGUUUUCAAUUCUACAUUAUCAGAGCACUGACUCUUCAAAAACUACAGGUGUAAUCUUGUUAAAUAAUAAUUGUUUUUUUUUUACUUUCAUGUUGAAUAGUCAGUUUUCCUAUACAUGUUGAUUUCACCUUACCCAGGAUUUUUAUUUUGUUUGUAUUUUCAUACAUAUUAGUUGUGAUUAAAAAUGCACUUUUAUCAUAUAUUUAACACAACAAAAACCAUUCCAAAUCCACAACCUGGUCUGCACUUUUUAUGUUGUCAGAUCUACCUCAGUAAGUAAAUUCAAAACUUUAAAAAAAUAACCAUAAACAUUAUUCACAGCCUCUGAUUUCUAAACAGCAUCAUAGUAUCAAGUUCCACCAUCACUUACUUUCAGUGUUUGUUAAGAUAAAUCGUAGUUAUUGUGUAAUUAAAAAAGUCAGUAACUUAUGAAUUUCAGAUAUCACAUUUAGUGCAUUUGAACAAAAAUAUCAAAUUGGUUAUAGAACUAACAGCUACAAAAUAUUCAUAUUUUUGUAAUUCUCAAUUCUGCAGAUACUUGAAGAUUAUGUUUAUGUUGAUGAUGAGAGCCAGAAAACUUUUACUUAGAAUUAAUAUUUGUUAUAGUUCAAAUCAGAGACUGAAGUUUUUAAUGCAUUUAUGCAGUGUCAUGUAAGCAUUACUCUGUUAUAUGUCACAGAGUUACAUUUCAGCUUUAUUAGCCUUCUUUAAGAUAUAUUAAUUAAUUCUUCUUCACAUGAUAUCUUCUAGACUUUUCCCUAACUACUGGUAAAAGUUAAACAUUUAAUACUUUAUCUGUCAAACGAGGUCAUUAACUUUUCAGUUACCACUGUUAUGUAGAAGCUGGUAAGUUUACUUGAAACAGCUAGAUAAAUGUCUGAUUAUAUUUAUCUCAAUAAGUAACAAUAUUGUUUCAAUGUUUACAUAGAAAAGCCUAAAGUUUUUGAACAGAAACUUGCUGACUUAUAAAUGUGAAACAAAAGAUUUUUAUAAAUGUGUAGCUAGCCAAGACCUGAUUCAAUUUAUUUACUGUGUUUCUUUCUCUGUCAUUUGCUUUAAAGCAUCAAAUUUUAAUUUCAUUCAGCUCAUUUCAUUAACUUGUGUUCCUGAAAUGUGUAGAAAGUAUAAACAUUUGAAUUUAUACAUAUUUAUGACAUGAAUCUACAAUACUUUUUAAGAUAUCAGCAUCAAUUCACCAUUAUAGUUCAAGAAAUAAAACUUGCAUGAAACACCAUACAGUGUAGUUCUUGUUAAGGAACUUUGAUUUUAUUAGCAAAUGGUGGUAAACCUUCACUUAUCAAUGUUGUUCAUGUUAACGAACUUUGAUACAGCAAAUUAGUUUACUAGUUCAAACUUUUACACUGUAAAGUACAUUUCAUGUUAGCCUGGAUUUAGCAGUUUAGUUCACAUUUUUAAACUCUGAUCCUUGUUGUUGGUCAUACUACAUCAGAUUAUUUUAUUAGGAGUCAACAGUGUAAUUCACAUUGUUAAACCUUGACUCUACAGUGUAGUUCAUGUUAUCAAACCAUAACUCCAUGGUAUAUCUCAUUGAUUCAGACUUUGACUGUUCGUUGUAGUAUGUUAUUAAAUCAUUACUUGAUAAUGUGGCUCACAGUGUAGUUAAUUUUAUCAAAUGUUGACUAUGGUGUAUCUUGUUCAUUCAAACCUUGACUUUUCAUUGUUGUAAAUUAUUAAAUCAUUACUAAAUAAUGUAAUGUACAUUGUCAAACCUUGAUAUUGUAGUGUUGUUCAUAUUAUUAAAUCUUAAGUGACAUUAUAUUUUAUUAGUUAAAAUCUUGAUAUUAAACUGCAGAUCAUUAUUGAAUCUCAUCUAUAUGGUGCAGUUUGUGUUGUUAAACCUUGAUUAAAAGUGUAUUUUAUUAAUUCAAAUGUUGGCUAUACACCGUACUUCGUGUUAUUUAAUGAUGACACAACAGUGUAGUACAUAUUUGUUUAAUCUUGAUUAAAUGAUAUGUUUUAUUAAUUCAAAUCUGAAAUUGACAUUUCUAAAACCUAAAGUAGUGUAGGUCAAGUUAUUAAAACAUUUUUUCUACAGUGAAGUAUAUAUUAUCAAGCUUCAACUCUACAAAGUAGUAUAUGUGAAUUUUAUAAAGUUAAAUCUUAGUUCUUUUGUAUAGUCAUGAUUUCGAGCAUUCAGUUUUAAAUAUGUUCCACCGUGUUAUUAACAGUGAUUCUUAGAUAUCAUCACAUCUUUCUUCAGUGUAAUUUAUUAAGAUACAUUUUUGUUGUAGUUUAUUUAUGAUGUUUUUUACUAUGCCAGAUAUUUGCUCUUACUAUAUUUUGUAAUAUUAUUUUUGAUUUUAUAAUUUAUCCCUUGAUGUUAGACCCUAUUCUUGAAUGUAUUUUUUACUGUUAAUUCUUGAUUCUGUAUGUGUGUAUUUUUAACAUUUUUGAACCUAUGCUCUUAACUCUUGGUACUCUUUUUUCUUUUUUUUCAUGAUAAUAAAACCUUCAGUCUUUGUUACAUUUUAUAUGUUAAGUUUUGAUUUUGUAUUUAUCUUUGUAGUGCCUCAUUUUCAUUUUUUGUUAUAUUUUGUGAUGUUACAUUCUGUGCUUUAUUACAGACUUCAUUCCUUCAUGAUUUUAGGUUUUAUCUUUCAUCAUGUUAAGUCUUGACUCUAUAAUGUAAGUUAUGUUGUAAAAUCUUAUUUCUUUGGCAUGUAAUAAUGUUAAAUAUUUGAUCUAUGAAGAAUUUAUUAUAUUUCACUCUGAUUUCUAUAGUAUAUCUAAUGGUGCUAUAUCUAGAUUAUAAACAAAUCAAUUAUGUUUAUCUUUAGUCUGUAGAUUAUUUCAUUAGAAUAUAUGGUGUAUUUCAUGAAGUUAAAUUACAUAGUGAAAUGCAUGACUUAAAAUCAUUGUUUACAGUUUAAUGUCCAAAUUUACUAAAUGUUUAUGUUAUUCCUUGUGUAAAAUUAUUUUUACUCAUUGGAUAACUUGUGAACCUCUUUCUAUACUUCUUUCAGUGAAAGUUUAGGUAGUGUAAAUGUCUCAAGCAGGCUUGUAUGGGCAGGAACUAACUAAGGUCAGUUUUUGGACAAUGUUUUGGUUGUCAUCCUCAUUGAGACUUUUUUCUGGUCAGAGUAUUAUAAGAAGAUAGGACUUCUAAGAAGGUGAUUCAGGCAUGGUUGUAGUAGAUAGUUUUAUUUUUCUGGGCUCUGUACCAUGGUCUUGCAUAGGAACUAUGAUUUGGUUAAAAUUUUAUGAAACAGUGGGUUCUCCAAGUUAUUAAUUUCUGUGCCUAAAAAUUUGUUAAAUACUGGUUUUUGAAUUUUGAUCUGUGCACAUUUUCCAAUGUUUUGCUGUGUUUGAAAUGUGACAUUUGUGUCAUUGUAUAUGUAAUAGCAAGUUUUUCCAUGUGUAGUAGCCCUGCAGCAUCUUUGCAUUAUAUUUAUAUGCACUGGGCAAUUAGUAGAACUCUUUUCAAUAGAAACCAAAAUGAUGUCUACAAGUAGUUCCUGUCCAUACACACUUGCUUUCAGUACUGCUGCUAAAAAUUAGUUUACCUGUCUGAAAACUCAGAAAAGAAAUUGUAAGAACCAGACCCCCUUGGAUAUAUUUAGUUCAGUACAAAGUGCUUUUUGACUGCCAGUACUUAAUCAGUAAAAACAUACCAACAUGACACAUUGAAGAGUUGGGGUAGUCUUAUUACCUUUAUAUAGUUUAAUGUUACUAAUAAAUGUACAACUACUAUUAAGAUUUACAGGGGAAAAUGACUCCAUCCAUCCACCAUUUGUUCUUUAACUCUGUGAAAGUAUAAUUAUUUUCAUCUUUCAUGUACCAAGAUUUUGUUGAUUAACAUUUCAUGUCUUAAGUUUUAAUAAAGGAGUUAAGUGCCUCAUCAAGCUUUUACACAGAAGACACUGUACAAUUAAUUUACAAUUACCAGAAUAAUAGCUGACAGAAAAGUAUCAAAAUAUUCUCAAUUACUUUAGUUUACUGUUAUAGAAAAUGCCUCAUUUCUUCCAGUUGCCCAAUUGCACUAGACUCUGAUUGCUCACUACCUAAUUUUACCUGUAUUUUCUAACAGCUAUUUGCUCUGCCAAACUUCUUUUUCCAUCUAAAACCUUGGAACUUAAUGCAUUGAACCUUGUAUCAAAAUUUCAUCUUUGCAGGUUGUUAUAAUUUUCAAAAUGAACUAAUAAAAAAAAAAAGGACCAUAUAAUUUUAUUACUGAAAAUGCUGUUGGUUUUCUGUAUUAACACUUAGGAUUGUCCAAUAAAAGACUUAUUAUUGUUUUUGCAGUAUUUUGAGAAAGUGAUAGAAAUGGCAACUCACUAAUUAUUGGUUUAAAAUUUUGAUAAAAAUAUACUAUUUUUUCUUUUAUAUAAUUUACAGUUACUUAACUAGUGAUUUGAUUCAGCUUAAAGUUAAACAGUUAUAGUGGUUUUAAUAUUGAUGUCAUUUCAUGUAUUUAGAAUAUAUUAAGUAUUGCUUUAGUAAUUGUGAGUGUAUAAGGUUAGAUCUGACUUCCAUGAGAUGAUAGUUGAAAAAAAAACAUAUAUCAUAGAAGACAGCAGUUAUGCUUAGCUGGUACUGCUUUGUUGCCUUGACUGAAAGACUAGCUAAAAGAGGAUGAAGAACGUGUCUUCACAAUUUUUAUUCUUUGCUCAUCUCUUGCCAUAUACCCAGGCAUGAGAACUUAUGGUGCAUGAUAUAUAUUGUGCCUUUAGUCUUUUAGUAAAUGCUAAUUAUCUAAGAGAGAGCAGUCAUUUUUUAUCUGGAGGGUGGGCUAAAGGGAAGUUCAAAAACUGACUGCACAAAAAAGUGUACCCCCCCCCAUUUCUCUACACAGAAAUGUAACCCACCCUUUUGUUCUGUGCAAAGAAAGGUACUCCCUUCACCCCUCUAUCUCAAAAUGGAGUAACUGACAAUUAUAUAUUGAAGCAUACACAAUUAAUUUGGAUAAGAUGUAUUUCAUAGUGGUCAUUCUGCCUACAUGGUUGUGUUUGAUACUGAUAACACUAUAUAAAUGCCUUAAAGCAUAUUUGUAAUUGAUAUAAUGAAUUACCUUAGUGACAAAAAAUAUCUAGCAUGAUAGUGGAUGUGAAAAAAUGAAUUUCCAGCCCCAGCACUUAUAGUCCUAUUUCACAGAAUACAUCUAUAAUUAUGGCUAUUGGCCACACACAUCACAACAUUAAUUGACCAUAUUUUUAAAAUUAUAUCCAACAUGCCAACUGUAGGGUUUAUAAUUACAACUGAAAUUACUGAUCAUUUCUUAGACAUAAACAAUAGGUUCUUGAUGAACACCUAUCCUGCUUACAAAACUAGUACAGAGGUAUAUUAACACUUCCAAAUGUGGUAAACUUUAAAACUAUCUGUUUAUAUGAUGCACCUUAUCCAUUUUUCCUAUGGUUACAUCCCAGUGUAAUCUAUUUCCUAAAAUAAAUAUUCUGUUUUUCAAAAUUAGUAAAAUAAUUAAGUCAUACUCAAACUGUUAUCAGUUUUUUCAGGCCAAAAUUAUUUGUAUGUUUUGUUUCUGAUUGAUAAUUAUAAGUUGUUUUAUUACAAUCAAAUAUGUUUUUGACAUGCACUGGACAUUUCUGAGGUGUAUUUGAAGACCAAUGCAAUCUUUUUAGAAAAUUAUGUUUAAGGAUGAAUCUCCACAUAGGUUUGACUUUGUAAUCUGAAUUAAGUUUGUCAUAAAAACUGAGUUCUGUAUUUGAAAACUUUUAGUUUAAUACUGAGCAUUUAAUUGCAGGCAUAUUUUGGUUAAACUGUUUUUCCUUUAUGCAUACUACUUGAAAUGAAAUUACAAAUAAUCAUCAGGAGCUUUCUUAUGUCAAGAGUUAAAUUAAAGAGUCUGGUUGAGUAUGAAAUCCUAUCUUUUGCUACAUAUGUUCCUUACCAUGUUUGGUAUUCAUCACAUGGAAAAUGAUGUACAGUUGUAUUUUUCUCCGUGUUUUUAUUUUUAUUUAUUUUUUCUCUCACCAUGCACGGAAAAGUGACCUCCCCUUUUGACUUGCAUGCACAGAAGUCUUGCCCUUCCCCGAUAAAUAAUGACUGCUCCCUAAUAUUAAAACAGCAAUGGUUUGUCAUGGUGCUUACGACCAAGGAAAGUGAUUAGGUAUGAUAUUCAUAAAUUUUCAUGUUAAUCUUGUUGUUGUGAAAUAUUUUGCAUCGUGAAAAUAUGUGGUGGCUUAGAAAUAGAAAUACCUGGAAUGUUUGACAGUGUAUGUGAAGUUUGUCAAUGUUGCCAAUAGUUUUAUUCAGAAAAUAAAAUUAUCUGCUUCUGUUGUUUAUGAAGCUCUCAUCUGGCA